CUGCUGUAGUCUAUUGGUGAAAAUAAGAUUCGGUGUUGGCUACUCGAGGCAUCUAAUUUUGAAUAAUUUCAAGAUAAAUUAUUGUAACGAAGCGAUGGAAAGCAGAAAGGAUUUAAAUAGUGUUAAAGAGGAACCGCAUGACAAUUGUGAAGAUGUAGUCAACGAGUGUGUCGAUCCGCGGGUCUCGAUGAAAACUGAAAACUCUGAUGAAUCAUCGACGAAUGAAUCAUCGGCAAAUCCCAUCAAUGAUUCUAUUUCGACGCAGCAGAAGAAAGAUGAGGAUAUUUUUAUAGAUUGCGAGAGCGUAUUGGUAAAACAGGAACAUAAGCCCUCAUUGACGACCAUCUGCCAACCUACUGUAAAGGAAGAAGAUCCGACAAAUGACUCGAAUGAAAAAAGGCUUACAAUUUUAAAUAAAAAAGGAUCCGAUUGCGAUAAUAACAGUCAAUUUACGAUUGGAGAAGAAUCGAGUUUAACAAGACAAAUAGAAACGACGGAUACGGACGAUGGAUCACAUGAAUUAAAAAUUUGCAAAACCGAAAACUCUGAUGAAUCAUCGGCAAAUCCUACCAAUGACUGUAUUUCGUCGCAGCAGAAGACAGAUGAGGAUAUUCUGAUAGAUUGCGAGAGCGUAUUGGUAAAACAUGAACAUAAGCCUUUAUCGACGACCAUCUGCCAAGCUACUGUAAAGGAAGAAAAUCCGGAGUUCUUGGUGAAAACUGAAAACUCUGAUGAAUCAUCGACGAGUGAAUCAUCGGCAAAUCCCCCCAAUGACUCUAUUUCGACGCUGCAGAAGAAAGAUGAGGAUAUUCUGAUAGAAUGCGAGAGCGUAUUGGUAAAACAGGAACAUAAGCCCUCAUUGACGACCAUCUGCCAAUCUACUGUAAAGGAAGAAAAUCCAACAAAUGACUCGAAUGGAAAAAGGCUUACAAUUUUAAUUAAAAAAGGAUUCGAUUACGAAAAAAAGCGUCAAUUUUCCAUUGGAGAGGAAUCGAGUUUAACAAGACAAAUAGAUACGACGAAUAAGGACGAUGGAUCACAUGAAUUAGAAAUUUGCAAAGUCGAAAACCCUGAUGAAUCAUCGACGAAUGAAUCAUCGGCAAAUCCAACCAAUGACUGUAUUUCCUCGCAGCAGAAGAAAGAUGAGGAUAUUCUGAUAGAAUGCGAGAGCGUAUUGGUAAAACAGGAACAUAAGCCCUCAUUGACGACCAUCUGCCAACCUACUGUAAAGGAAGAAAAUCCAACAAAUGACUCGAAUGGAAAAAGGCUUACAAUUUUAAUUAAAAAAGGAUUCGAUUAUGAGAAGAACCAUCGAUUUACCAUUGGGGAAGAAUCGAAUUUAACAAGACAAAUAGAAACGACGAAUAAGGACGAUGGAUCACUUGAAUGUAAAAUUUGUCAUAAAUCGUUUAGUACCCCAAGUUCACUCAAAAGACACGUGAAGCAAGUACAUGAUAAAAACAAACCCUUCCAGUGUGAUAUUUGUCAUGUAUCAUUUGGCCAAAAAAGUGUUCUCAAAAGUCACAUUGAUGAAGUACAUAAUCAGAGUAAACCCUUUGAAUGUGACAUUUGUCACAAAUCAUUUAGCCAAAAAAGUUCUCGUAAAAUGCACAUAAAAACAGUGCAUCAUCGGAGCAAACCCUUUGAAUGUGAAAUUUGUCACGAAUUAUUUGGACAUAAACAUCAUCUUAAAACUCAUGUUAAUUUAGUACAUUGUAAGGAAAAACCCUUUGAAUGUGAUAUUUGUCACACAUCAUUUGGACAAAAGUUUGAUCUCAGUAGGCACCUAAUGGCAGUACAUGAACGCAGCAAACCUUUCGUAUGUGCGAUUUGCCAAAAAUCAUUUGGAUACCAGAGUGUACUCAAUCGGCACAUAUUGAACGUACAUAAUCGGAGCAAACCCUUUGAAUGUGAUACUUGUCACAAAUCAUUUGGAUCUAAAAACAACUUCGAAAUGCAUAUGAGUGCAGUACAUAUGAGUAGCAAAACUUUCGAGUGUGAUAUUUGUCAAAAAUUAUUUGGAUACCAGAGUAAACUCAAAUCUCACGUAAGUUCAACUCAUAAACGGAAAAAAUUUGAAUGUGAGACUUGUCACCAGUCAUUUGACCGCAAGAAUCGUCUCGAAAAUCACAUUAAUGCAGUACAUAAGGAAAACAAACAUUAGAAGUAUGAAAUUUAUUUAAAAUUUGUAAUCAAACUGGUUAUACUCUAUG